AUGACGGAUUCUACAGUAUAUACUUCUUUGUUUGCUUUAGUAGACAGUCAUCUUUCAAAAGUAAGUUUACAAGAUAAUGAGGAAAAUAGUAAUAAUCCCAUAAACGUAUCACCUUUCAAUACUUUAAAUAAUGGUAGUGUUUCUGACACAUCUGUGCUACCAUUGCCACCUUGUCGAAGAUUACCAUCUUUUGGCAUUGGUAUGGGUGAUAGUUCAAUAAGAAACGUUUUAGCUGAACAAGUAGCUAACAUGUUAAAGGCCAAAGAAAAGAAACAAGAGGAAGAGGAAAAAUUGAUAUUAGAAGAAGAAAUGAGGAGGCUCAAAAUAGAAGAAGCGAAAAAUACUAUGAUUGAUUUAACAAAGGCUAUUCAAACACCAUACCGACCGGAGCUUCUUCCACGUCCAAAAAAGGAAAUCCUGAGUAAUAGUAGCUCUUGUGAAUCUUUGUUCAAGCUGAACUUUAUAGAUUGUGAUAGUAAACCAGAUAAAGUAUUAAUUCCAGUACCAUUACUGCCUUGUAUUACAGAUAUGUCAUAUAUUUUGAAACAAAAGAUAAGAAAAAGUAAAGGCUCAUCAUUUGGGAGAGUAUUGUCAUGUCGUCAGAAAAGAGUUGCUGCACCAUAUUUAAGAGAAGUUAUUAAGACAGAUAUUAUUCCAUUUGACUUUAGUACUCCAUCACCAUGUGAUAUAAUUAAAGAAAAAUUGAGAAAACCUAAAAUGUCUUGCAGAUUCACUUUUAAUCUGGAAGAGUUUUUAAAUGAAAACAAA